GAGGGAUCGUCGUCGAGAGUGGGUGCUACUAUUGGGCAUGAUCACUAAGUGCUGAGUCCCGAAGGGGACAGGGGUCCCCUCUUCCAGAGGUAGCACUCCGACUCGAGAAGAACAACGGAGCCCAUCUGCCGAGAAUUUUCAUCUGCCUCCUUACUCUUUCAACAAAACCGACGUAGACCUCAUAUUCUGAGAAAACAAACUACCACGAAACCAUCAUCACCCCUGAUCUGGUCUGCCAAUUGGAUGCAAAGAACUCCUGAAAUCCUCCACGAUGCGAACGCCGGCUUUCGACGCGAGAGCCACUAUGGCCUCUCUGGUGCUGCUGGCCGCCUGCGGAGUUUCGGCCCAGGAGACAGAAUCCGUGAAAACCUACUCCAACGAAUUCGUGGUGAAAAUGCCUGGGAAGACACCUGACGAAGUGAGACAGCUCGCGGAGGAGCAUGGAUACACAUACUUGGCGCCGAUGAAUUUCGACGAUCUUCAUCACGUCCGACACAGACGCUUGGCGCGUCGAUCGCUCGAUUUGCAUCCAGAUAGCUCGGCCGAACCUUGGCACGAGAGAAUACAGCAAGAAGUCAAAAUCCGAAAGAAACGCGAUUACGGUAUUACGCAAGAGGGUAGUUCGUUUCGGUGGCGAGACGACGAGACAGAAGACGAGCUGAGCAGACAGAUCAGAGCUGCAUAUAGACAUGAAAGGGCCAAGACGCAAAUGAAUGAUCCGAAAUGGCCUCUCCAGUGGUACCUGAAUCGCGGUGGCGGCCUCGACAUGAACGUCGAGAAAGCGUGGAGUGAGUUCAACGUCAGCGGGAAAGGCGUCGUUGUCACUAUUUUAGAUGAUGGUCUGGAGAAAGAUCAUCCUGACAUCGCAUCGAACUACGAUGCCCUAGCCAGCUUUGACAUGAACGAUCAGGAUCCAGACCCUCAGCCGCGGUAUGAAGUAAACGAUUCGAAUCGUCACGGUACGCGGUGUGCUGGUGAAGUUGCCGGCCUGCGCGACAACCAGGUCUGCGGCGUGGGAAUAGCGUAUAAAGCGUCGAUCGGUGGAAUCCGAAUGCUCGAUGGCGAUGUGACAGAUGCCGUGGAGGCUAGAUCCUUGGCACUGAACCCUCAACACAUCCACGUGUAUUCCGCUUCGUGGGGUCCCGACGAUGACGCACGUACGGUCGACGGUCCAGGCCAACUCGCUGAUAAAGCACUUAAGGAUGGCAUACGGAACGGCCGUCGCGGCUUAGGCAGUAUAUUUGUGUGGGCGUCCGGUAAUGGCGGCAAGGAGAAAGACAACUGUAACUGUGAUGGAUACGUGAAUUCAAUCUUCACGCUAGCCGUGUCGGCUGCGACCGAGAACGGAAAUGUGCCGUGGUACUCGGAAAGCUGCGCGGCGUCUUUGGCCACUACUUACUCAUCGGGGAACUACAAUGAAGGUCAAAUCGUAACCUCUGAUCUCCAUCACAACUGUACAGAGCGACACACCGGAACGUCGGCUUCGGCGCCUCUGGCCGCGGGAAUCGUAGCCCUGGCCCUCGAAGCGAAUCCGCAACUCACAUGGCGGGACAUGCAGCAUUUAGCGGUGCGCGCCACCAGGCGGGCGAACCUAAACGCCCCGGAUUGGGUUACGAAUGGGGUGGGCAGAAAUGUUUCGCACUCGUUCGGCUUCGGAUUGUUAGACGCUCACAAAAUGGUGGAACUUUCCAAGAAAUGGAAACGCUCUCCGCCACAGAAAGUCUGCACGGUGAGCACUCCCAGGAGCGACAAGCCCAUUCCUCCGAAGAGCACGCUGCUGUUACAUUUGUUCGUGGAAUGUAAAAAUGUCAAAUACGUCGAGCACACGAUUUCUAAGAUCACACUGCAAGCGAUGCGCCGAGGUGACAUUCAUAUCUAUCUCUCGUCACCUUCCGGUACGAAGAGUACACUGCUCACGCAGAGACCGAGAGAUGAUUCUCGACAAGGCUUCAAUCAAUGGCCGUUCAUGACGGUGCAUAAUUGGGGAGAGAACCCAAACGGAAAUUGGACCCUAGAGAUCCACAACGACGCUUCUUAUCUGGGCAAGGCGCUCCUCAAAGAAUGGGCAUUAUCGAUGUUCGGCACAGCGGAGGACCCCGAUGCGCAGUUCCGGACGGAUUUCCCCGAUAAACCCGCUGGGGAGGCGGAACCCAGCAACGAUCUAGGCGAUCUCGAGCCUCCUUCAGGAGUGCGCAGCGCUGGCGUCAGAGACCCGAUUGACAGCGACACGGUGCUGAACUCGCGCAGUUCGGUUAGCAUGUCCUCUUCAGCAGGCCCUCCACCCCCCCGGUUGGGCGGAGCCGUUCGUUGCAGCGGUCUAUUGUUCAUAGUGAUACCUUGCCUUCUACUCGCCCUUUGUACAUCGAGUCUAUGCUAACUUGUUCAUAGCGGCGUUCUCGACAUACAUGUAUGGCCAAGUGGUUUCCCACGGUCGAGUGUUUCGAUUGCGCUCGGUCAUACCGUGAAUUUAGUAUUAAUGCGUAGCUCAUGGUGUCGGCCAGAUACCGACUCUGGCGGAUCGAAUAGCAAGUUUCUAAAGGCGGGACAUGAUGAACCGGCGCGGGAAUUCGACUUGAUCAAUCCGAGGAGAGGAUUCCAAAUUAUGGAGCGUGCUCCCAGAACCGAUCGCCGGCCCCACGACUAGUCGUUCUUGAGCUCUGCUCUAACUGAAGAGAGGGGGAACAGCCUCAGAAAGCAUUCGCCGUUCGCUGUUCUUCCCGGGCUGCACUAAAUUUAGGUUACUUCAUCAUUUAAUAUUCCGUUAAUUGUACUUUAUCACUUUCUGCUCGAACGAAUCGACGAGGCGUCGGAAUUUGCGGUCCGGCUGUAGACAUAGGUGUGAUAGGAGACGGUAUCCGAACAAUCUCAAAUACUCGCCCAAAUACUUGCGAACGAUUCCACGGCAGCGUUCAGGUAAAAACCCACUGUUCAUUGAAUGACGACGCCGAGGAUGCGUGAUAAUUGGUAGCAGACAUUGCAGUAGGCAUGUCCGCCUGCCCGGAGCUCCAUAUGUGUGAAGACAGAUUAAGAAUUGACGGAUGAG